GUGACUUCGUGCACUGGUUUCUCCACUACCUUACGAAAGGGUGCCCUUCGGCUUUGAAUCAUUGCUCCGCUUACUAACUUAGUGGAGAUCAACCAGUCGGAACUCAGCGGAACCGGACUACGAAAGUUUAAAUGAUCAACGGGUUCGGAACUCUUCUCUUCGUCUAUAUCUUACAAUCUGACUUUUUUUUUGGCUUAGGCAUCAAUCUUUGUACUCUACCUUCGCCGGGAAAUUGUUGGAUGCAGUAUCGGGGCGCAUGGACAUCGGCAGAAGGAUUGACGAAGUUGGUAAGUCAGCUUAUCUUGCAGAGCCGCCAACUGUACAGCCUGCUAUCUUUGCGCUUGAUAUCAUCCUUUCAGUCUGGAUGAUGUAUGAUUUCUGAUGACACUCAACGACGUUCCUCGCCGACCAGUUCUAGGAGAUCAAGAUUCUCCGGGCAUCAUAUCCUCGAAUUGGAAGUUUGAAAGUGAGAUAGCAUUGUAGGUACCAUUUAUGCUAUGAGUGCUGUAAAAAACUUCAUGUGCUAUAAAAUCCUUCCAUUCUUACUUCCAGUAAAGGGACGUAGUUCGAGAAUCCACAUACGACGAUACUCAUACUCCCACCCUUGUUCUGGUUUGGCAUCUGCCCCAAAUUUGCCAUUCCAUGAUGCAUCUAUAGAGAAGCUGUACAAAAAUUCAAUGUACCCAUUGUUCUGUCACGCCAACAUAGGCUUAAUUUCGCUUAGACAAAGCACCA